GUACUAGAGGACAUUUUGGUUCGUUUUGUUAUAAACGCCCCACCAGUGGAUCUUUCAGACAAUGCUAGAGUGUUUUUCCUUUUCGAAGAGGCUCAUUGGUUCUAUUUGGACUAUGUGAGGUCCAUCAAUCCUUAUUUACCAAAUCUGAAAAUGAAGGCUUUUUCUAAAAAAUUGAUUGAAUUAUUCCCAUUGAUUUGGAAUGGUGGUGAUCCUGAUGAAGGUUUAAAAGAAUUUGGUAAUUAUAAACAAUCAAUCCCAGUUAGAGGUGCUGCUCUUUUCAAUGAAAGUUUGAGUAAAAUAUUAUUAGUCCAAGGUGUGGAAUCACCCAAUUGGAGUUUCCCAAGAGGUAAAAUUUCCAUUGAUGAAGAUGAUGUAACUUGUGCCAUUAGAGAAGUUAAAGAAGAGACUGGGUUUGAUAUAACAUCUUAUAUCAAUAAGGAUGAUUAUAUUGAAAGAACUAUUAGAGCUAAGAAUUAUAAGAUUUAUCUUGUAAAGAAUAUCCCUGAAGAUGCUGAAUUUAAACCUAUUGUUAAAAAUGAAAUUAAAGAAAUUGGUUGG